GACUUGGGCGUUUCAUAACAACGCCGUACUCUUCUGUAUAAAACAAGAGCUCUGACUGACCUCGUAAACAGAAUGUUUUGCAAGUGUUAAUUGAUAGAUUCAAAUAUAAACCAGGCGCCUAUCCAAAAGGGAAUAUUGGUGCUCCUCAAAAUGAAGGGUCUUUUCCUGGUGGAGCCUAUUGUUGCACUGUACGCUUUCUCCAGUUUUCUCAUCUAUCCUCUUGUGCAACAAUAUGUUUACCGGAGGCUCUGGCAGGAGCUGACAAACACCACCUAUCCCGUCUCUGCCAAUGCCUCCAGAUGUGCAGAAAACAGCAGCGCCGGCAGCAACCAUUCCAGCUUUCAUGAUGAGGUACAGAGGCAGGCAUCUCUCUUCUCCCUCUACACAAAUCUCUUCUCUGCAGUCCCCUCCUUGGUGGUCACCCUCAUGCUUGUGGCCUACAGCGACCGGGGAGGACGCAAGAUCACAAUCAUCACGCCUUUGAUUGGCACGUUGCUCUACACCUUGUCCUUCCUGGCAGUAUCCUACUUCGAGCUCAACAUUUACUUCCUCAUUGGCGCAUCGAUCCUCAGCUCUCUGUUUGGCGGCUUGGGCACUUUUCUGGGGGGCUGUUUCGCCUACAUAGCGGACUUGUGUGAGGAUGGUAGUCGCAAAACCCUGCGCAUGGCUGGAGUGGACAUGAUGAUUGGCCUGUUGUCGGGGGUGGCCUCGAUAUCAACAGGCUACUUUCUGAAAGCUGCAGGCUUUAAUUGGCCAUUCCUAACCUCUGCGUUGGUUCAGUGUUUUAUCCUACUCUAUGCCAUUUUCAUCCUUGAAGAGACUGUGACAAAGGCUCCCACUGAUGCCAUUCUCCUAGAUGGGUCUCCUCAGCGCUCCACGGUGAAACAGCUGAUCUACGGUAUCUACCACAUGUUUGCAGGGGCCAGCCGCAGGAGUAGAACUCUCUUGGUCCUCCUGAUACUCAUUUUCACCAGCUUCUCCUUCGCCUACGUGGGUGGUCUCUCCUUGAUGACACUAUAUGAGCUGAAUAAGCCACUGUGCUGGACAGAGAUUAUGAUUGGCUACGGCUCAGCUCUGUCCAUGUCUGUGUUCCUGACCAGUUUUUUGGGAGUGUCUGCGUUCACGUACUGUGGAGUGCCACAACUGGUCAUCAUCCUGAUGGGGAUCCUGUCUGUCGAAUCAGGCAUGGUCCUGUUGGCCUUUACCAAGACCACCUUCAUGAUGUAUAUAGUGUGGGUGCCAAUGUUUCUGUCUAUCAUGCCUUUCCCUGUUAUUCGUUCCAUGUUAUCCAAAAUCAUCUCAAAGUCUGAGCAAGGAGCCCUGUUUGCCUGUCUUUCCUUCCUGGAGAGUUUAACUAACAAUAUAUCGGGCGCAGUCUUCAACAGCAUCUAUGCUGCUACGGUGGCAUGGUACCCUGGCUUCGUCUUCAUGUUGGCUGCAGUGCUCUGUGCUAUCCCUUUGUUUAUUUUAGGAGUGGUUGCAAUAAUAGGAGUGAAUGUUGCCGAAGAGGUCACAAAGCCAGAGCCUGUCUACUCAGAGGAGGAGGAGGGUCUUUCUGAAGAUCACAACGACAGGACUGCUAUUCUUUCCUGAGCCAUAUCCGCCAAAACCUCAUAAGCACUUUUUACUUUAGUCAUCUCCUUCAGUGUUUUACCUCAAGGACUGUUGAUCUCAGAUGUAAUGGACAAUGCAGGUUACAUAUUAUUUAGUUUUUAUUGCUGUGGUUGAUUGUGCUAUUGAAGUUCAAUAUUAUAGGAAAAUACAGUAGGUAUCAAACAGGUUCUACCGGAAAAUUAUAUUUUUAAAAUAUGAAAUAUUGACAUUUUGAAUUGGAUCAAAAUUGUAGCAUACAUAGGAUAUAAAACAUGGAUAUUAAGUGCCAUGCAUCUAAAAGCUCAAAAUGGCCUGACUGUGACACUGCUAAUGCUUUCAAAAUGUGUGUGUUUUGAUACAGUUUAGCAGUGUGAUAUGAUUUGCAAUUUAAAAGUUUCAGUUACGUGAAGUGAUUCAGAUCUGUAACACCUUUUGUCUUAAAGUCUCUUCUCCAUUGGCUGUUAUAGUGCAAUGUUAGUAAAUGCCCUUACAAAGAGCUCCACUGUCCCUGUUCCUUAAAGGUAAUUAAAUGCAAGACACUAAUUACAAUGUAAUACAAUAUCACAGAAAUCUAGAUUAGUAUAUAAUGUUAUGUAAACCAAUGUUUUAGUAUACAUGUGAAUGUAUAAACAAUCUGAAGCAACCCCCAAAAGGAGGAAGGGGGGUUAAUGGGGAACUGUUCUUUUUAAGAAAUGAAUGGUCUCUAUUCAAAACUUGUUAUGAUUAUUCACGAACAAUCAAAUUCCUCAUAAUAGGAAAUUACAAUAUUUAAAAAAGGAAUCAUUGGGUUUACUUAGCCAGGAUGAAGGAUAUAAUUAAAUAUAACAUGGAAAAUGGUGCAGGUUUUAUCAAAUGUGACUGGAAUAUGUUAUUUCUAUGUGUCCACCCUGAACUCUGCCUUAUUGAGGAAGCUAUAACAGGAUGGAAAUGCAGGAAUGGUUUAAGAUAGACCAGCCAGCAGGAGGUGUUGUGGUUUUGAAUCUCAAUGAAAAACUGUGUAUCAUUGAAAAUAAAGGGAUGUAGUUUGAGUAUUUGUAUGAUUUUGAGUUUAUUAAAAAAUGCAUUUAUGUAAAAGUA